UGAUAACCUUCCAUAACCUCAAAUUCUGUUAUCAGUUCAAAAUAUCCUAAUGAACUUUUCUGACAAUUUCUACAACACAAAGUAACAUUUCUUUUUGAUAAUGAGACAAAUCCAUCAGAUAUUUGAUCGUGCCUCUCCCUUUUCACGUAAAUUCCUGAUAUUCAAGUGAUUCUCAGUGAAUGAACUAAAGCUUAUGUAAUCAUAAACAUUUGACUCAUCAAUAUUUUAUUGUAGCACAGUGUUUCCUCCUGAAUCCCUCAAAAUGAACACAUCAAAAGUUGUUCUUACUUCAACAAUGAAAGCAGUCCGCAAAUUGAACUGUGCAAUUUUACCAAAGUUUCUAUCUCAGCAUGCCGCCAGUGAACCACCGCCACAAGGUAACAAAACGCACUUUGGUUUCGAAGUUGUCGAUGAAAACGAAAAAACAGAGAAAGUUCAUCAAGUAUUUGAAUCGGUUGCUUCAUCGUAUGACAAGAUGAAUGAUGCAAUGAGUUUUGGGAUUCAUAGAAUUUGGAAGGAUAUUUUUAUAGAUAGACUGGGCCCUGUGCCCGGAACAAGGCUACUGGAUGUUGCAGGAGGCACUGGUGACAUUGCCUUUAGAUUCCUCAAGUACCUGAAAAACACUGGAAACUCUGAUGCACACUCUGAAAGCCACGUCACCAUCAGUGAUAUUAACGAACACAUGUUGAAUGUUGGGAAAGGGCGAGCCCAGAAGCUUGGCUACUCGGAUGAACAAAUAAGUUGGUUAUUAGCAAAUGCUGAAGAGUUACCGAUAGAAGAUAAUUCUUACACUGCGUACACAAUUGCUUUUGGCAUCAGAAAUGUGACACACAUGGAUAGAGCCUUGGCUGAAGCAUACAGAGUUCUCAAACCUGGUGGGCGAUUUCUAUGUUUGGAGUUCAGUCAUGUUAACAACCAAGUUUUACAGUGGCUGUAUGAUAGGUAUUCAUUCGAAGUCAUACCCGUGAUGGGUCAAGUGAUUGCAGGUGACUGGAAGUCCUAUGAAUAUUUAGUUGAAAGUAUCAGACAGUUUCCUAAUCAAGAGGACUUCAGCAAGAUGAUCAGAUCUGCCGGAUUUCGUUGUGUGUCCUAUGAAAACCUAACUUUCGGAGUUGUUGCGAUUCAUUCAGGUUUUAAAUUAUAAUCCUCAAGAUAUACUAAUUUUGUUUCUUCAUUAAUGUAAAGUAAUGUGUGUGUUCACAGUAUUAUCUGUACAAAUUAUAUUUUUGUUUGGUUUCAUUUGUAAAA